AUGAAGGCGGCAGUAAUCGGAAUCUCAGCGUUACUGUUUCUUCUACCCAUCCCGGGAUUGACCCAAUAUCUGGACGGGGAGUGCGGAAUUCAAUCGAAGGCCGCGAAUCAAACCUCAAGUCCCUGGAUGACUUAUCUUCACACGACCGAAUUGAUAUUUGUGUGCGGCGGAAGUCUAAUUACUCAAAAACUGGUUCUAACAGCAGCGCAUUGCACAAAGGCCAAUGAGCAUCUAGUAGCUCGUCUAGGGGAGUUUAUUGGAAUUCGUGAAAAACAGGACACUAUUCGAUCGGAACAUAAUGUAAACCAAAUCUUCAAGCACCCUUUCUACAAUGUGGUAACACAUGCAAAUGACAUAGCCAUUCUCGGUUUGGCCCCGAAGGUGGUGUACACAGAACACAUCAGACCCAUUUGCAUCCCGUGGUGGACUUCGUGGAGACAGUAUAUCGACAAAAUCCAGGUGCUCAUAGGUACCAGAUGGGGUCUUUCCUUGCUAAGAAACGAAAGUGAGCCAGCAGAAAUGUGUACUACCUCCAAUGGCAGUAGUAUUGCCAGAUCACAAUUCUGCGCGGGAAACUCGGAAAGUAAUCUAUGCAACGCGGACUACAGCAGUAUCCUGGGAGCAAUGGUUCCUUAUAAAAACUUCAGUCGAUUUGUCCUGGUCGGCAUAGCGACAACGAAUCAAAGAUGCAACAUGCCGAGCAUUUACACUGAUGUUCUGAGCCACAUCGACUUUAUCCUCACAGUGUGGCGGUAUUAUGGCAAAGGUCAAGGAGAAUGGAUCCAAAGUUCAACGACACGGGCACCGAAACUAAUUGAUGAUACGGGUUUGCAUUCGGAAUCGGGAUUGUUUAAUUCGUCCGUUCCAGUAACUUCUUAAUGUAUUUUCGAAAAACAUCAUUGUAAAAAUGUUACCAAGAACCUGCAGUUAUAAAUCCAUAACUUUUCUUUCGCGCAUCCGAUUUCAAAGUUUUAUAUCUUUAAACUCUCAUGGCUUAAACCUCUACAAAUUUGCAUUUAAAUUUUGUUUUGAAACUUUGGGUUGAUAUUUUUACG